UGCGCCGUGAGAUCCACCAAGCACUGCUGCUCCCGUCACGGUCAUCCUUUCUCAGUCCAGCCCAUCAAAUAAUGUUAUCCAUGUUCUGCACGGCUUCGAUUACUUCAUAGACUCCCUUGUCUAAGAGUUUGGACUGAUUCCACCGCCGACAGUCUCUAGUUUACCAUGGCAACGGUAGUGAUGGAGCAGAUUGGCCGGCUGUUUAUCAACGCGCAGCAGCUGCGACAGAUCCCUCAGCUGCUUGAGUCGGCCUUUCCCACGCUGCCUUGCACUGUGAAGUUGUCUGACGUACCCAAGGUGUUCCAAGAGCGCCACAUCCUCACCGGCUACAGGCAGACGGACCAAAGCUGGCGUUACUACUUUCUCACCCUCUUCCAAAGGCACAACGAGACCCUCAAUGUGUGGACCCAUCUGCUGGCUGCUCUCAUCAUCUUGGUGAAGUGGCAAGAGAUCUCAGAGACAGUGGAUUUUCUGCGUGACCCUCAUGCCCAGCCCCUCUUCAUCGUACUCCUGGCAGCUUUCACCUACCUCUCCUUCAGUGCUCUCGCUCAUCUCCUCUCUGCCAAGUCAGAGCUUUCCUACUACACCUUCUACUUCCUCGACUAUGUGGGGGUUGCUGUCUACCAGUACGGGAGUGCUCUGGCACACUACUACUAUGCCAUAGAGAAGGAGCUGCACACCACAGUGCAGGGGUUCUUUUUACCCGCCGCAGCAUUCUUGGCUUGGCUUACUUGCUUCGGGUGCUGCUAUGGCAAGUAUGCCGGUUCUGAGCUGCCCAAGUUCACCCACAAGCUCUUUCAAGUGGUGCCCUCAGCCUUGGCUUACUGUUUAGACAUAAGCCCUGUGGUUCAUCGCAUUUACAGCUGCUACCGGGAUGGUUGCUCCGACCCAAUCAUACCGUACCACAUCUACCAUGUGCUCUUUUUUCUAAUCGGCGCCUAUUUCUUCUGCUGCCCACACCCAGAGAGUUUGUUCCCUGGGAGGUGUGACUUCAUCGGGCAGGGCCACCAGAUCUUUCAUGUGUUUGUGAUGGUGUGCACCCUGAUGCAAAUCGAAGCGCUGCGAACAGACUUCACAGUGCGCCGCCCCUUCUACGAGCGUCUCCACGGAGAUCUUGCACACGAUGCCGUUGCACUCUUCAUCUUCACCACCUGCUGCAGUGCUCUUACUGCUUUUUAUGUGCGCAAGCGUGUACGUGCCUCUCUUCACGAGAAGGAUGAGUGAGAAUUAAAUUAAUUUAAAAAAAAGGUAAAUUUAUUUUACUCAGUAGUGAUGGUUUUAAAAAUGUUUUUGUCAAUGAAAAAUAUAAGUUUGUGACAGUGACUUAUAAUCAUUUCUCUGUGAUCUGCCAAACUACAGUGAAGUAAAGUGACAGAGGAUGUGCUUUUUUGUGACUUACAGUGAGGAAAAGGGAAUCUUGUAUCCUGUCUAUAGCAAUGCAGGUAGUACUCACCUUUUUUUGGGGGGGGGGAGUAAAGA